AUGGAUGAGAAUACCCCUACUACAGCUUCUCAACCGGCGGAUAUCAACAAAAUACUGUCUCUCCUAAAAGCAAAAGAUGACACACAAAGAUUUGUAGGGCUAGCGCUCCUCAAGUCCGUCCUCGAUGGCUCAGAACAACUACGACAAGAUGAACAAACAGUACAGAGCUUGUGGUCAAGUCUUUCACCAAAGUUCCUCGAUCGCCUACUGCGAACAGGUUCAAACCCUUCGACCAAGAAUUCCAAAGAGAUGCUUGACUUGGUUGUAUCUGUUUUGCAUAUAUUCUCCAUCCUGCUCCCCGACCAAGCGGCAAAUGAUGUCAAAUUCAUCAACAGAAUCCCUCUGCUCGUCAACGCAGUCCUAUAUAGUUCCGAUGAGACCACAAAGUUGAUACUUCAGCUGCUCCAUACUCUUGUCAGCUCGCAACAAGGAGCGCAAGCAUUCGUCAAGAUAGAAGACUUUAGCUCACUCACUGAGAUCGCACCCAAUCAUGCCCAGGUUCUCGACAUACUCUGCUUUGCAUGGCUCAACUCUAUGACUGGCGUUCAAGACCAUACCGCGCUGGCCAAACAAGUCGAUAACACACUUCAAAGUCUAGUAUCGUCGUUCACCGGAACUGAUGCAGUGACGCUCCUCGAAUUUCUUGGUUAUUUUCUCCGGCACGCCAACUCUAUCAUCCUACCUAGACAGCCCAAAUGGCUCAAAAGCGUUGUCAAUCACAUUAGAAAACUUGUCACCAGCAGGCCGACACCAGAAGCUCGUGCAGCCUACACCAACGCGACGGCUUCAAUGCUUCAGGCCUUCCCAACUGAAGCUCGUAAACUUGUUUUCACAGACGACAGAAAGGAAGACAAGGCUUUCUCAUAUCUACUCAUCAAUCUUCUCCUCAUUGAUAUACGAGCCUCUGCCCCUAGUCUCCUGGAACAGCUAAAUAAACCCGAGUAUCCCAAGGUAUCGGCACGACUCACGUCGGCUUUUGAUGUCAUUUCCAUCUUCAUCGGAUACCUAGUGGAAUGUCUUGAAGAUGAAUCUCUAGAGACCUUCUUCAUGACCCCAGAAAAUCUGCUCCAGCUCCGUACGGGCGUCACUGAGACAAUGUCCCUCACAGCUGAAUAUCUACGCGAUCGAUGGGACGCCUCCGUUGCUGGCGCUAUGGGCCUGCAUCCUGAUGCUCGUGCCGGUACAGCAGAUACAUCAACGGGAAAGCACCACACAUUGACCUGGGACUCAAUGAAGGACAACGCUGAUGAUGAUAUGCUCAUACUCUCUGCCGUGCGGACUUUGGCACUCUGGUUACGAGAGGAAGAGAACGACACCCUGCGGAAAGAAGCAACAGGGUUAAUGGAUAUGUUCAUGGAUCUAUACAAAUCCAGCUCACAAGACAAGCUCGACUUUCGAUCUGCGGUCCUUGUUGCGCUAGAAGGCUUGACUGCAGUACCACAAGGUUGCGAACUAUUGCUCGCUAAUGAAGGCUGGGUAAUUCUUACUCGCGAUCUCAGCUCAAUUCUCCAGCAUGCUCAAGCCUGUCGGGAACAGGAUGCAUCGCGAGCCAUUGACAUUGUUCGUGUUCUACUUCCGAUAGUUGAGCAAGAAAACAGUGGUGUGCCUGAAAGUUGGAUGGAUUUAAUUACCUCAGUGGCUGCAUGGAACAUCCCUGACUCUGGACUCUCACCCCUUUCCCAGGAAGCACUGGUUGCAGCUUUGCAGCUCUGCUGCGCGAUACUCGUUGAAGCUAAUCCAGGGAUGCGGCAGAGGUAUCGACACUCCAUUGCUGCCAUUCAUGGCAUUGCAGCUCAGCUUGCCAAGCAGACUGGAAAGGAUGAUCCUGAGAUGGAUACGCUGGAAGAUGUACUUGCUACACUGACGACGUUGAAUCAGUAG